AUGGAGGAAAAGGAACAGCUUGAGAGGGCGAGAAGAAACCGGAAAGGAAAACUGACGCUGGCCAUGAAAGAAAUGUUCAAGAUCAGAAUGGCCCUUGACUGUACAGAUCAUUGCUUGUUGAAACCCUCAGAUGAAGGUUUGCGAUCAGCAUUGCUCACUCUGAAGGAGAGAUUUGGUACAAAUGGAGUGGUUGUCCAGGCCUGGGUGAGAAAAGUAACAGUCCGCCGUGCAAGAGUUGAAGUGGGUAAACUGGAAGAAUAUGCAGAUGAUUUGGACAAUUGUCAUCAAGCCCUGAAAGCACUCGGGUAUCUGAAUGAGAUGAACAAUCAAGCAACAUUGAAGAGUAUUGUUGAGAAAUUACCAAGAUUUCUACAACAGAGGUGGGCUAGAGAGGUUUACAAACUGAGGAUGAAUGGAAACAUGCCAGCCUUGCAGGACUUGACAAGAUUUGUCAGAGCAGCUGCUAUAGAAGUGAAUGAUCCUGUAUUCGGGAUGGUUGAUCGUCAACAGACACUGACUCAGACAAGGGAAAACCCUGGUUACCGCAGCAGAGUUCUAAUGUUGAGAGGGACAUCAAGAAACAAGUGUUGGAACUGUCCUGAUGAUCAUUGGCCUGAUGAAUGUCCUGUUUUUCAAAAUCUAUCACCAUCUGAGAGGCUUAAGAGAGCAACUGAAAAACGUGUGUGUUUUUCUUGUUUGAAGAUAGCUGGUAAAGGUCACAAAGCAACAACAUGUACUCGGCGUCAGCAAUGCCCAAAUUGUGCUGCUGUGCAUCAUAGACUUCUGCAUGUUCAGUCAGGACCACAUACGCAGCAAGCCUUAGUCUGCAGUGAAAAUGAAAAUGGAAUGUUGCCAGUCAUCAGUGUUGAAAUUGGGAGGAGGACAUGUAACGCCGUAUUUGAUUCGGGAGCUAGCAUCACUCUUAUCAGAGAGGAGGUUGCCAAGGAUUGCGAAUUUGAGAGUCACCCAGUACAAGUGGAGAUAGGAACUGUUGGUGGAGAGAUCCAUAUGCAUAACACCAGAGCAUACAAAGUUAAAUUGAAAUCAGUAAACCAGCAGAUAUUUUCUGUCAUUGCAGUAGGGGUUCCAGAGAUAACUGAAGUACCAGAAAUGAGUUUGAGCCUGAAACAGAAGUUUGAAAAAUAUCUUGGAGAACCUAUACACAGAAGAGGAGGACCUAUAGAUCUGCUGAUUGGUGUGAACAAUGCUCGCAUGCAUGUUGGAGAGAUCAGAGAAGCUGAUGGAUUUGUUGCUCGCAAAUCGCCACUCGGUUGGGUUGUUUUUGGAUCAAGUGAAGGAGGUGCAUCCAACAGUCAAGUUCUCGUUGCACAGCUAGCGAAACCAGUUGACUUGAGUCAGUUCUGGAGUACUGAAGAAAUGGGAGUAAGAUGCAUGGCAAUAGAAGAGAGUUCACAAGCUCAUGAAAUGUGGGAUUCAUGUCAAAGAGUUGAUAAUCAUUGGGAGGUUACAUAUCCAUGGAUAAAGUCACCAGACCAGUUACCUGACAAUCGGGAUCAGUGCUUCUCUCAGAUGAAAGCAACUGAGUCAAGGUUGAAGAAGAGUGCAGAUUCAGCCAAAGUGUACAAUGAUGCAAUACAAGAGUUGGUUGACAGACAAUUUGCAAGAAGAUUGAAUGAAGAAGAGAUCCGUGAAUACAAGGGUCCAGUGUAUUAUCUGCCUCAUCAUGCAGUCAUUAGAAAGGAGAGUAAGAGUACACCGAUCAGAAUAGUCUUCAACUCAUCAAGUAAGUACCAAGGAGGCUGCAUCAACGACUAUUGGGACAAAGGACCAGAUUUGCUUCAGAGUCUCGUAGGUGUUACUCUAAGAUUUAGACAGUAUCAGACAGCCAUCGCUGGAGACAUCAGUAAGAUGUACUAUCAAGUGAGGAUAUCAGAGCGCGAUCAACACGUACACAGGUUUCUCUGGCGGAACUUUGAAAGGAGACCUCCUGAUACAUAUGUUCUUCAAGUGGUAACCCCAGGAGACAAGCCUGCACCGGCUUUGGCAAUAACUGCUUUGAUGAAGACAGCUAAGGAAGCAGAAUCAGAACAUCCAAAAGCAGCACAAACCUUACUUAAAGAUACAUACAUGGACGACAUAUGUUCAUCAGUACCAACUGAUGUGAAUGAGAAGGAGUUGAGUGAGGAUAUUGAUGCAGUCCUGGCAUCUGGCGGAUUCAAGGUUAAAAGUUGGACUUCAAACGGAGGCAAGUUCAAGAAUAGCGAGUACAAAGAGAAUAUCAUGUGGACAGAGGAACAGAAGAUCCUGGGAGUGGUAUGGGAUCCAAAGGAUGAUGUGUUGAAAUACAAGGUCAAACAACCUGACUUAAAGGGAUCAAACCUGACCAAGAGAAUUGUUGUCAGUGAGUUGUCAAAGGUGUAUGAUCCGAUCGGAUUUGCAGGAGCAUAUCUCAUCAAAGGAAAGGUUAUGAUGCAGCAACUAUGGUCACGUGGAGUUUCCUGGGAUGAGGAACUUGGUGAAAGGGAGACAGUCAGUUGGAUCAACUUUUUUUCUGAGCUUAAAGAGCUUCAGGGAGUCAGCUUUGACAGAUGUCUCAUCCCGGAGCAAACUGCAGAGACACGUCAGUUAGUGACAUUUUGUGACGCUUCUGAGAAGGCGUUUGGUGCUGUUUGUUAUACCAGAUGGAUAACGGUUGAUGGAACUGUUGGUGUAAGAUUUGUUGCAGCAAAGGCAAGAGUUGCGCCUUUGAAAGCCUUGACACUGCCAAGACUUGAGUUACAAGCAGCUGUGUUAGCAUCUCGACUCGCGACAACUGUAAAGCAGGAAAUGACAGUAUCCUUUGAUCAAGUGUUUUUCUUGUCUGACAGCGUUAUUGUCUUGAGCUGGAUAAGAGGUCAGUCACGUCAGUGGAAGUCAUUUGUCGCCAACAGAGUUGCUGAAAUUCAGAGCCAAAGUGAUCCUACUGAUUGGUUUCAUAUUCCAGGUGAAUACAAUGUAGCAGACAAAGUGUCACGGGGUGUGCCAAUUGGUGAUUUGACAGGGGAUUGGAGAGAUGGCCCGAUAUUCCUACAGAUGCCCCAAGAGCAAUGGCCAAAGUCAAAUCCCAAAGCUGAUUGCGAUGAAGUUGAAAAAGAACGUAAGAGAGAGAAAACAGUAUUGAUAGUUUCAGAGACUGAACGAGUGAUUGAUGCAAGAAAGUUCUCAAAGUGGAGAAGACUGAUUAGAGUUACAUCUUAUUUGCAGAGAUUCAUCAACAACUGCAGAAGAAAGGAGCCAGCCAUUACCGGUCCACUUACAGUUGAGGAACUAUCUGCAUCUGAGAAAUAUUGGAUCCUCCAAGCUAAAACGGAGCUCAAGUCACUUGACACUUACAAAACUCUAAGUCCUUUUGUUGAAGAUCAGAUUGUUUAUGUUGGUGGAAGGACCAACAAUCAGAGGCUGUCAUAUGAUACAGCUUACCCAGCACUUUUGCCACAAAGUCAUCAUAUUUCAUACCUGAUUGCAAAACAUGUUCACGAGACAGGUCAUUAUGGUGUUGCCUCGACAGCAGCCAGGGUGAGGAGGCGAUACUGGAUCAUUGGAGUAACAAAGUUGGUGAAGAAAAUCAAGCAUAGAUGUGCAAGAUGCAGAGCCUUUGAACAUAAACUUGAGCAACAAUGGAUGAGUGAUUUGCCCAUGGAAAGAGUGAAACCCUUUUCACCACCUUUCUUUUACACUGCAGUGGAUUAUUUUGGACCGAUUGAUGUUAAAGUUGGCCGAAACAAGACAACAAAACACUAUGGCGUCAUCUUCACUUGUUUAAACACAAGAGCGGUGCAUUUGGAGCUGGCAGUUGACUGUUCUACUCAGGAGUUUCUGCAAGUGUUGAGAAGGUUCUUUGCAGUCAGAGGCUAUCCAUGUCAAAUACAAAGUGACAACGGUACACAGUUUGUUGGUACUCAGAGACAGCUAAGACAGAUGAUUCAAGGUUGGGGCAAGGACGAGCUGAAGGAAUACUGUGCUGAAAAACAGGUACACUGGAAGUUUGUAACACCAUUAGCGCCUCAUCAGAAUGGAUGUGAUGAAGCUUUAGUGAAGAGCUGCAAACAAGGCCUGAAGAAGGCUGUAGGAUCUCAGCUUCUAACACCAUUUGAGUUGUACAUGUGUUUGCAGGAGGUGGCUAAUCUUGUCAACCAAAGACCUAUUGGAAGAAUUCCCAAUGACCCAGAUGACGGAUCAUAUGUAUGUCCAAAUGAUCUUCUUUUAGGACGUGCUACAAGUAGAGUUCCACAAGGUCCCUUUCAAGAAACAAGGAAUCCACACCACAGGUUUGAGUUUGUUCAGAGAAUGGCUGAUAUUUUCUGGAAGAGAUGGAUCAGGGAUGUCUUUCCAACGCUUGUUUCAAGGAAGAAGUGGAAUGUACACAGAAGAAAUGUGAGCGUCAAUGACGUUGUAGUUAUGGCUGAUCCUAAUGCAGUUCGUGGACAGUGGAAGUUGGGAAGGAUUGUGGAAGUGUACCCAGGGGCAGAUGGACGAGUCCGAAAUGUCAAAGUUAGGACAGUCAAAGGAGAGUUCCAAAGACCAGUCACAAAGAUUGCCGUGUUGUAUCCAUCUGAGGGUUUUGACGAGGAAUGA